UUUCCAAAACUUAAAAAAGUGAAGCAGAGGGCAAGCUAGCCAGGGUUGAGCUUCAUUGUUCUCGGUUCUUCCAUCUUCCCCAACGAAGAAAUCGAUACAUACGAUGGCCAUGGCAGUGCUGAUGCGACCGCACAUGGCGGCUCUGUGUGCCCUCCGUGUCAAUUUCUUCAGCAGCCGUGCUCUCGUCCCGUGCUUUCAAUCGUCAAAACUCUGCUGCUAUCAUGUCACUGCCCGGUGCGUAUUGCCGUCGCCGGCGAGAAGCUGCGGGACCAAGAAUCCGAGGUCCGGCGGCUUUGGAUCCAAACUGGACAGCCGACGGAGUCUCUGUAUCAGAGCUACAACUCAGGUCAAUGACUCCGGUUCCGUCGACUCCCCUUUGAUACAGUCUAUGGAGAAGAAGAUUAAAGAACAUCUAAAUGCAGAAUCAGUUAUUGUGAAGGAUGCUUAUGGUGAUGGUCGGCAUGUUAGCAUCGAUGUUGUUUCCUCAGCUUUUGAAGGACAAUCAGCUGUAAAUCGGCAGAGGAUGGUGUACAGAGCUAUAUGGGAAGAACUCCAGAAUACUGUGCAUGCAGUCGACCAGAUGACUACCAGAACCCCGGCAGAAGCAGCUUCCGGAAAAUGACAUUUUUGCCUAAUCCGCUUGCUGUUUGCCUCUAUGGCCAAUCUUUGCAACAGCCUUUCUUCUGUGCGGCUGCAGCAUUAGACAAUCAUUUUUUACCAGUCCAAUUUAGUUUUGCAUUUUCUUCUCCUCUCUGUUCCUUGUUUUGGAUGUUUUAGAGUAAGUACACGUUCUAGGUAUUGACUCAGAUCUGUACUCGCUCCUGUUUUGCAACACCCACAGAAGCUAAAAUUGAUAUGGAACUUGGAAUAUAUAGAUGCAGCUAUGCAGCAGCUGCAGUGUUUGGAUUA